CACUCAUACUUCAUACCAUUCGUUCCUCUCUAGGCCCCACACACACCCUCUUACUCACAGCGAACAUAGCAUAGCAUAUAUACCCACCGACCAAGUAGAGGAUACCAGAUCACUUGCCAACACGGUCAUUCAGUCUUGAGCUGCUCUCACCCCAUACCUGUCUCUCACAGACCAUGACCACCCCUUCCCUCGCACCCCUCUCUCUACCCCUGACUAUCACCACCAAAUUCUGGCCCUCCUCCCCCACCUACCCUUCUUACCGCUCCUCUCUCUCCCACCUCUUCUCCCUUCUCCAAGAUGGGAUAGACGAAAGCGCUUCCAUCUCCUCUUUCGUAAGGGAAUUCGUAGCUGCCCAACGAGAAUUUGUGCAGAACCUAGAGAGGGCUGGAGCUGCUAGUGGUAAUGGCAACGGGAGUGGGAGUGGGGCGAGGGAAAAGACGAAGGAGAUCUUCAAGGGCUCACGGAGAGCUUCCAACAGCUCCAACGCAGGCUCCUUAGGCUCCUCCUCUACCUCCUCUUCGUCGAGCAGAAGCGUCACCCUACAAGCUCUGCAAACCUCGACUCUUGCGCCACUCAUCGCAUCUCAUGCACAGGCUGUGCAGGCAUUGGAGAGCAAGAUACUCGAGCCAUUCACAGAGUGGAGCGCGGAACACACCGAGAGGAUUAGGAGAAAUUGGGCACUAGUGGAGGGGUGGCUUGAUGCUUUUGAAGAGGGACAGGACGAACUGGAUCGCCUGAGGAGCAAUUAUGAGAGCAAAUGCAGACAGGCCGAUGAGGCAGAAGACGACGCUAGGUUCUCUGGAGUAGACGUCAACGAGUGGUUCUCAGGGGCCAGUCAAGUCACCGAAGAGCCAGCAGCCACCAGGGCUGCUCCGAGCGAUGUCAAAGAUGCCGAGUCUGCCGCCGUGCCUCACGAGCGCAAAGACUCUGCAGAGACGGAUACAACUCACGUCGAGGGAGCCGAAGCAGAUGAAGAUGGACUGGACCCUGUCAAGCUAGAGAGACGCCGAACCCUACGCAAGCAAUUCGGCUUUACUUCGCGAGCCACUUCGGGUAGUGAGCCCAAAACCGCUGCUGCAUCGGAAGAAAAGGGACUCGAGCAAUCCCCCUCAGCAAAGAAGUCGGCUGCGCCUAAAACCAUCUCGUCUGCCCUCAACUCGGCACUGUCUGCUCCUGCUCUGCAGGGCAUCAGGGAUCGUCUGGCUGCUGCUGCUGGAACUGCGGGCGGUAUCGCCGAGAAGUGGAAGCGUCUCCGUACCGAAGCAGAUAGGCUGGAAGGGGAAUACCUCGCCAAGGCUCGCAGACUGGACACUCUCCGCUGCCGCAUGGAAGAUGCCAUCUCCGACGUCUUUGCCGUCGUGCAGCGACUGGAAAUGGAUAGACUCGUGGCUGUGAAGAGUGUCGUCAAGGACUACAUCGAUGCUGCACGUAUUCUCAACCCUGCCGUGGUAGACAGCUUGGCGCCCUUCUUCAAGUCGUACGAGCCUCGUGCCAUCAUGAGUAGAAUGAUCGCGACCGCCUCCACGGGCGCAUACAGACCGCAAGUCGAAGUCUUCCACCCUUUCUACCACGAUGAAGAGGAGGGAGAAGCGGGGAGUCAUCAGUCCCCUGCUGUAGCGCACGGCACUGGGUGGGCAGGCUUUGGCAUGUGUCUCGAUGUCCGAGCUAGGACCGAGAUGCUGCACAAGCAAGAGAGUCUGAUGGACGCGGUUACAAGCCCCUCUUCUGCUACUUCUCCUUCUCCCAAGGCCACCGUGACACUGCCUCUAGUGUUUUCGUACCUCCUCUCCUCCCUCGAGCAAGCCUACUCCAACGAUGCCCUCUGGCCCGUUCGCUCAGACUCAGAGGAUGCCCAAUCGUCCCUGAGUGUCGCCAAGCGCAAGAGCUGGCUGUACGACGUCUCUCUCCGCUCUGGCCAUGCGUGCCGCGAAGCAAUCAUCGCUCACAUGGUCUCCUCUUCCCAUCCGGGGGCCGAACUAGGUGCCGGUCUGCAGACUGUCCUCGACAGGUUCGACCCGCCGACAAAGGUCAUGACGCUCAAGCUUUGGCUGGCCGAACUGUCUGGUGCUCCUGACCAUGGAGCAGAAGGCGGCGACUUUGGAGUGGGAGGUGGCGUGUCGGGAGGAAGUCUGGUACCAGAAGAGAAUUGGUACCUCAUUGAGAGCUUGUACAAGGCGGCUGAGAGCGUUGAGAUGCGAUGGCGCAAGGAGAAGCUGGCUAAGGGCAAGGGAAAAGAUUCAGAGCUUGCCCCACCAGGUGGCGAGAAAGAGUCGCGUGAGCCCCCGUUGGAGCUUGAUGACGCUAUUAAGGAUGAGAUCAGAAGGGGCGUCUUGGAGGACUUGACGGUGGUGCUGGGCAAGCUGAGCGUUAUCCAUCUGACGGUGCUGGACAGUCUGAUUCUGCAUCUAAGGAGCCUGAUUUCCUCCACGCACACCGCCCUCGAGGCAGACCCGACCUACAUCAACAAGCUCGCCCUCUCUCUCGGGCCCUUUGUGCUCCGUCCAGCCAAGAGCACUCCUCUGGCGCUCCUCUCUCCCGUACCCACACUCCUGCUAGUGGACCUCAUUACGUCGUAUAAUGAGCUCCUGCCGCCCGCACUGAGACGCAAGAAGGAGCGCGAGGCCAACAGAGUCCAAGUUCAGGGACAGGGAAACGAGACGCUUGAGAGGAGUCUACCUAAGCCCAUCAGAAAGAGGACCAAGCCUAUUGAUAGGAGGGUGAGACGAUCCCAAUUGUCUGGAAUGGGAAUGAGCACUUCGGGAUUUGACGUCCCGCCGGCAAUGCCUAUCAGGAGCGCAUCUGGCUCUGAGAAGGCCGUCCCUCCUAUUCCAUCAACACGUACUCCACCAAAACUCACGACAGACACGACUUUCCUCCGACCGCAGCGCGGGAGUGGCCACGGUACUGGCACUGGGACCGAAGAAGACGAAGAAGAUACGCCCACGCCGAUUGCACAGAGACUCUUUGGAUCACUCAAGGGGGGAGCGGCUGCAGCCAUUGCUGCUGCUUCUUCUGCUGCUGGCGGUAAUGGCGAUGGCAGUGCUAGUGCUGCUCCCUCGAGCAAUUUGACCGUCAGCACCCUCGUAGAGCCCAGCGGGGGAAGCAGCAAUGGUGGUAGCGACUAUGGGACCCCAACGGAGGAAGUGACCGAUAAGCGGCUCGAGGCACAGAUCCCUGGAAGUUUACCUGCUGCUGCUGUUGGUGGUAGUGGUACUUCCUCGACUUCGGACGGCGCAUCGCACCCAAGCGAAGCAGUAGCAGGGACUGCGCACGAGCUUCAAGCUGCCGCACCAUCGACGUCCGCGCCUGCAGCGGCUCCGCCGCUCGCGGGAGUCGCGAGUAUACCGACGGAUCCUGCUCCUGCUCCUGCUCCAGAAGUCACCUCUCCCUCUCCCUCUCGUUCUCCUUCUGCCGCGCCCGCACGCACGAGCACGCCUCCAAGCAACAGCGCAAGCACCGAGAAGCCCCUCUCGAACGUUGCCCGUCUCUCACGGCAAUUCGGCAGUCCCUCUCUCCCUUCUCACCCUUCUCCAGGUGCUGGCACCGCUAGUGGGAUAGGAUCUGGGGCAGGAGGCAUGGUCCCUUCGAGGAGUGGAGCGGUUAGGGGGCCGAGGAGCGCGGCGGGACCUAGGCCGAUGGGUGGAGCUGGAGGUGGAGGAGGGGCAUGAAGGAGAAGAGGGGAAGACGAGAGGGAGGACAAGGCUGGACGUCUUGUUCCCCUCUUUGCUCCCAGGAGUGGGGAGAUGUCCCGUGGAGAGUUGUGAAGUGAAGUUCAGAAUAUUCGAUUCGAUGCGAAUUAAAUCAAGUCAAGUUUAUCCUCUC